UGUUCCACAAACUCUCGUUGUGCAAAAGAACAGAAGACUGCACACACAUGUGGGAGGAAAAGCCUUGCUAGAUUAAAAAAAGAGAUGGAAACCAGAACUAAACGAAAGGUUCAUAGGAUAGAACUAUGGGAGGCAGCUCAUAAAAAGAAGAAUGGUAGAUACACAACAGAAAAGGCAGAGACACUGAUGGCUGCAUCUUAUGAGGAAUUUAAAAAAAGGAGAGGGAACAAUGAUGGUAAUCGUCUUUCAUCUAAAGAUUACAAUGAAGUGUUCAAUGAUAUUGUUGCCAAGGAUUUCAAAGCACGUGGGUACUAUGAUGAUAAGUACUGGAGUCAAGUACAAGCUUUUCAAGGUUUACCGUUUGUUAAUCAAACGGAGGAAGAAAGAAUGUACCAAGAGAAAGUAAAUGAAAUUGACAAUAAAAUGGAAUCCGUGAGUGGUCUCAUGAAGCAUUGGCUUACUUUUAUGUCAAAAAAGUAUCCAGAAGAUUUAACCCCAGAAAUGAGAGAAGCUUUACAAAAUGUAGUAAGCUUGCAUUCAACAAUGGCCCCCUCCCUCUCUAGAAUAAGAGCAUAUUUUUAA